AUGUUGCAGCAACAAGCAACCCUGGGCGAGGAGGGUCUGGUCUGGCACCGGGAUGCAGAUGUCCAUUGUCUCGCCUGUCCCCUUUUUGGUAUAACCAUUUUUUUCUCACAACUAUGCACCAUUUGGGCCAGUCUCCCGCAGCGGCCAAAGGCAAGGGGGGUAGUGCAUGGGCCGACUACCGAACAAGGUCCGCCAGGGGUAUCGGUAGGGGUGAGUGAGUUGCAGUGGGUGUGGCAGAAGCCCACGAGCUGCGGAUAUAGCAGGUACUGCAAUAGACCCAGGCCCCUUGCUUGGGUAAUCUUGGGCGGAAGCUAA